ACGUGGCUCCAGGUAGGUCGUAGUCAGGCAGCGGAAGCCCGAGCGAAUUUGCGCCUGGCUCCCUCGCGUCCUACCCGGGUUUCUGGCAUCCGAACGUCCCGCGGUCGGUCGUCCGUCCGUCCCGCCCAUCAUCAAGCUCACUCCCUAACAUGGGGGAAAACAUUUUGCCACGGCGCAUGUUCCUCUGGUGCAUGGCGGCCAUCUAUUUGAGCGCAUUUGUUUCGCUCUACGUGCAAAUACCAGGUCUCUAUGGCAAUGAGGGUUUGCUCCCUGUCCGCAAUCAGCUGCGCUACAGCGGCAAGCCUCUGGUCGAGCAGCUGCUGGCCUCGCCCACCCUGCUGUGGCUGAGCCCCUACCUGGGCCUGGACACCCACACAGCCAUUGAGCUGCUGUGCCUGGUGGGGGUGGCGCUCAGUUUGGCCGCCAUGCUGGUUGGGGCGCUGAGGGACAGCGUGGUCUUCUUCUGCCUCUGGGCCUUGUACUUGUCCAUGUACCAAGUGGGGCAGGUUUUCCUCUACUUUCAAUGGGACAGCCUGCUUCUGGAGGUGGGCUUCCUCUGUGUCCUCGUGGCUCCAAUGACUCUCAUCAGGGGGUCUCGGUCAGUCUGUGAGCAUGACCGCAUCACCUUUUGGCUCAUCCGAUGGCUUCUCUUCCGCCUCAUGUUUGCCUCCGGAGUGGUGAAGCUCACCUCACGCUGUCCUACUUGGUGGGGCUUAACUGCGAUGACGUAUCACUACGAAACUCAGUGCAUUCCCACCCCGCUGGCCUGGUUUGCCCACCAGUUGCCCGUGUGGUGGCAGAAGCUGAGCGUGGCGGGCACCUUCACCAUCGAGAUCGCCGUGCCGCUGCUUUUCUUCAGUCCGCUGCGCAGGCUCAGACUCUGCGCUUUCUACUUGCAAGUGCUGCUGCAAGUGUUUAUCAUUUUGUCAGGGAACUACAACUUCUUUAACCUUCUGACCAUGGCCCUUUGUCUGUCCCUGCUGGAUGACCGGCAUGUACGCUUUUGGCUGUGCACGGCAGAACACACUGAAGACAAGGAGUCCAAGCUGUGGUCCUGGCUGUGUUACAUACUGGAGCUUGCUGUCUUUUCUCUGGUUAUCUAUGGGGCAAUCGUGUGUUUUGAAUUGAAAGUGGACAUGACAGCGAGUGCUAUUACUUCCAAAACAGCAUUCACCUACCACCACUUCAAACAGUUUCUGAACAGUGUCACUUUCCCAUGCGUGUGGGUCGGCGUUCUAUCUCUCAUGUGGGAGAUGCUCACAGCCAUGUACAGGUGUGCCUGUGUGUCUGGUUUCCUAAGGAGGUUUUGGUCUACGCUGCAGUGGACGGUGUUUGCUGCUGCCGCGGCCGCCAUGUUCACCAUCAGUCUGGUGCCAUUCACCUACAUAGACUAUGCCUCAAAUUCCAAGCUGUGGCCUGGAGUACGUCAAGCCUACAGUCUUGUGGAUCGCUACCAGCUGGUUAACUCUUACGGGUUGUUUCGAAGGAUGACUGGCGUGGGUGGGCGUCCUGAGGUCGUCAUAGAGGGAAGUAACGACGGCGUCACCUGGACGGAAAUUGACUUUAUGUACAAACCUGGCAACCUGAGCACGAUGCCCCCGCUGGUGACGCCCCACCAACCCCGCUUGGACUGGCAGAUGUGGUUCGCCGCCCUCGCGACCCACACGGAGGCACCAUGGUUCACCGCCCUCGUGUACCGACUGCUGCAGGGCAAGACGGACGUCAUCAGGCUGAUUCAGACGGACGUCGCUCGUUACCCUUUCCACCAGCAGCCUCCUACCUACCUGCGAGCCCACCGCUACAGAUACUGGUUUACGGAACCCAAAGCAGACGGAUCAUAUCCCCAGCGCUGGUGGAGGAGGGUCUACAAUGAAGAAUUCUAUCCCAUAGUGCAUCUGGGUCACCCAUUCCUUGAGAGCAUGCUGGACCAACAUGGUCUCAAGGACAAGUCACCUCCACGUCGGCAGUCCAACUCCGCCACGGCCCGGGUGGUGAUGUGGGUGCGCGCCCAGGUCACGGGCGUCCCCACCCCCGUGCUCAUCUGGACCCUGGUUGCCGGCAGCGCCACCUUGUGUCUGCUGCUGGCGUUGCCCAGGAGACAAAAAAGCAUCAUGGGCAGUUUCAAUCCGAAAGACACUCUGCCCGAUGCAAAAAAGAUGGUCGAUGAGGAUGAUGAGGAACAUGAGAAAGGAGAGGAUGAAGAGAAGGGUGAGAUGGAGGAUGUUGAUGAGAAAGAAAGGGAGGGUGUCACCAAUGAUGAUGAAAAGGAGGAAGAGGUAGAGACAGAAGUGGAAGAACAGUGAGAGAAAGGGGCUGAUGUUACCAAAUUGAGCAAAGAGGUAUGUGUGUGUAUAUAUUUGUACUUCCUGUCUGGGCUCGCUUGUGCACAUGUUCAAAUGAACAUGACUUUGGAUGAUUUAAUUGUAUUGGGAAAAACACUCGCUUGAACCAGGAAGUUCCUUGCAAGCAUUCUUUUCUAUUUGUGGUUCAAGUUGUCAAUGCAGAACCUUUUUUUAUUUUUUUACACACACACGUGCCUUUUCCUUGUGUGCAAUACACAAAAAAUUUUUUAGAUAAAAUUGAAAUACAAUAAAUGAUUGUCCUGAAAGUCAUUUUUGUCUAACAACCCUUUCAUGCCUUGUAAGAAAACAAAAAACAAUGUGCAGCUACUGAUUAUUGAAAGUUGGCAUGCAUUUAAGAAAGUACAGUGUUCCCUCGCUGCGUUGUUCACCUAUUGCCAAGUCAGUGCACGACAGGUUUUUUUGUUGUUGUUUAAUAAUCAUGACAACUAAAAAAAAAAAAAAGAAUUAAUUUUAACACUUCUCGUGCAUGUACACCUGUGCCCCCCCCCCCACCCCCCCAAAAAAGUAUAAGGAAAAUUAAUUAAAAAAAACUUUUUUUUUUUUACAUUUUAUAAAUGUAGACCGUUACCUAAGGGUAGUGGAAAAAGGUGUACUUUCAUUUAAUGAUGGGGCAUAGCCAAUAUAACAAUUUGGAAUGUCCUGAAAAAGAAACUACUGGUGUACUGAGGGUAUCAACAACAGUUGAUGACAGAAACAUUGUGAGAGCUGUGAAGAAACACCCAAAGACAACAGUGACAUCACUGCCAACGUCCAUAGGGCAGGGGUGAAGGCCAUACCACAAGAUGCAAACCAAUCAUCAGCAAAAAGAAUCGGAUGGCCAGAUUGGAUUUUGCAAAGAAGUAGAAAGCCACAAAUGUUUUAUGGACUGAUGAGAGUAAGAAUAACCUCUACCAAAGUGAUGGAAAGGCCAAAGUUUGGAGAAAGAAAGGAUCUGCUUAUGAUCCAAAACACACAAGCUCUUCUGUGAAGCAUGCUGGGGGUAAUGUCGUGCUUGCAUGGCUGCUUCUGGAACUGGCUCACUAGUCUUUAUUGAUAACUCAUGAUGGUAGGAGCAAAAUGAAUUCUAAAGUCUACAAAACCAUUUCGACUGUCAGUUUACAGAAAAAUGCAUCCAAAUUAAUUGUGAGAAGCGUAAUCAUGCAACAAGACAAUGACCCGAAACACACUGCCAACACAACAAAGGACUUCAUCGACCUUAACCCAAUAGAGCAUACAUUUUACCUCCUGAGGAGGAGAUUGAAGGGAGAAACCCUCAGAAACAAGCGAGAACUGCAAAAGGCUGGCGUAAAGACCUGGAAAAGCAUUUCAAAUGAAGAAUGCAACAGUCUGGUGAAACCUCUGGGUCGCAGACUUCAUGCAUUUAUUGCAAGUAAGCGUGAUGCCACAAAAUAUUAAUUAUUCGCUUUGUUAAUUUAAUAAUGUCUGUUCCAAUACUUUUGCUAACUUGCAAUGUGGGUGGCUUCAAGCAAAAGGUGCUCUGUCCUGAGUUGUUUAGCACAUCUAAAUGUAAAUGCCAUGAAAUAAAAGCUGGAAUUCUGAACUUUUGUCUCAUAUUCAUCUUUUGAUCUGAAACCCAAAUGUCUUCAGUAUACAACAAAAACAAAGGAAUUGACCUUGCCGUUCCAAUACUUCUGGAGGGGACUGUAUGUCAGUGAAUGCAUGCUGCUACACCUGAUUUCACCUAUUGCGGUGGUGGUCUGGAACCUAACCCCUGCGAUAAACAAGGGAUUACUG